UACGACAUAGACGGUCGGCUGAGCGCCUGGGCUCAUAGUGCCGCCGAACCCGUAACCGACUUUUUUUCCACAGCAGGUUUAAGGCACAUCUUUCCUCACGAUGGAGCGACCACAGUGGUACUGGUGUGUGCAUGCCUUGAACAUCUUCCCCCUGCUGCGCGUCAGAGCGGGCGGAAGUAGGCUUCGGUUUGCCGGUGGUCGUCGACAGUCUUGUGCUUGUGGUUCUUCUUCUUCUUCUUGUUCGGUCGGUCGGUCGUCGUGGGUGGUUGAGCGGAUGCCAACAACGAAAGAGACCUCUCCUUCCUCACAUCGACGUUUACGGCAUAGACGGUCGACUAAGCGCUUGGGCUUAUAGUGUCGCCGAACCCGUAACCGACUUGUUUUCCACAGCAGGUUUAAGGCACUGGCUUUCCGCGCGAUGGAGCGACCACAACGCCUUCUGGCGACUAAUGUGCAUGCCUUGAACGUCUGUCCCCCGAGCCGAUGUCGUCUAAGUGGACGCUUGACAAGACGCUGCGCGUCGGUGGAGGUCGGAGGAGGCCUCUUUUCGCCGAUGGUUGACGACAGUCUUGUGAAUCUUCUUCUUGUUCGGUCGGUCGGUCG